CACACGACCCCCCCACUUUUGCAAAGCCCAAAUACCCCAGUGCACCAUGUUCAACUUCAAGACCUUUGCUGUCCUUGCUGUCGUCGCACUCGCUGCGCAAGCACAGACGACGUCGUCUGCUACCGACGCCGCGUCGACCACUGACACUGGUGUUACCAGCGCGUCUUCAACCACUAGCGAUGCCUCGGCCGCUUCGUCUGUCGUCUCGGCCGCUUCGUCUAUCGCCUCGGCGGGGUCCUCCGCUGCGUCUUCGGCUUUGAGCGCGGGCUCUUCCGCAGCCUCGUCGAUUUCUGGCGCUCUCUCGAGUGCUCUCUCGUCUGCCUCUGGCGCGGCGUCCAACUCGAGCGCGACCGGCAGCGGCGCGUCUGGCAGCUCGACUGGCACCCCGGGCGCUGCCGCCGCCGUUGCUGUCAACUGGAAUGCUUUGGUAGGUAUGGGUGUUGCCCUUGGCGGUGUCGUCGCAGGGGCCGGCCUUGUUCUCUAGGUCGUUGGGUGAUGGGAUGAGUUGGACUCGGACCCUUUCGAGCUCUUUCGUUUACGGCCGUUCUACAUGCGUUACAUGUGGAACCCUUGCGAAAAGUAGUCUUACGCUCGUUUUUGCCCGGGUCAUUACCGGAUAUAGGCACAUUCACGAGGAGCUUUGCGACGUCGUUCCCACUACCUUUUCAUAUCGUCUCCCCUACCGUUUAUUGACCUACCCCACCACUUUGUUGGCCGUUUUACUUUUCCGUUGAACGCUCUAGCCUUUUAUUGACCUCUAUACCAUUUUAUUGACGUUGUUAGUUUACUGUUAAUUGGUAGUGGGUAUUGCACCGCGACGCUUUUUCAAGGACCUCGAAGAGCUUUGCCAGAUUUAUCCAAUUCAUGUUUGCAUGCUGCUUACUGCGCACUCAUCGGUGUGUUAUCGUCGUACGUCCAGCUGUGUCC